CAUUGUUUAAGCAUCCCCAACGUGUCCAAGCACGAUGGUGGGCCAUAGUUCCCCAUUUCCCCAGCUUGCCAAGGUGACCAAGGCGCUGCUGUAGGAUCUUCAAUAUCUUGAGCUCUUUUCAGAAGGUGACAUGGUUGAAAAGGAAGAUCUUGCAUGGGCACACCCCGCCCUUGUGACCAACAUUCACAACGAAGAGGAUGCGUAGGCCGACAAAGAAUACAGAGUCGCCGCGGUUGCGGUGACCGAGAUAACUGUAUUUGAAUCUUGCGUCGCCUCCUUAUUUCUGGAUCUUCAAUCAUCUAGAAUAUAGAUUUUGGUUUGAAGACUGUAACUACCAGAUACGCAUUUACACGACAUAUUUAUGGGUUGGCACACACACGCUUCUGGGACUCUGGACCCUCCAGAGGUGCGCAAUUGGCGUAUCCAUACGAUAGCCCUUGUGGCUUCAAUGUCUGCUCUCGCAAUGGGUUACGAUACCGCAGUAAUAGGUGGCACAAUGGCCUUGGACUCAUUCAAACGCGAUUUUGGGCUUGACAAAGUCUCUACAAGCCAACGCGACACAAUACAAGGCAACAUUGUCUCCACCUUUCAAGCUGGCUGCUUCUUCGGCGCUCUACUCACAUUCCCUAUCGCCGAGAAGUUUGGGCGAAGAAAGACGGUUAUGCUUGCUGCGCUUGUCUUCUUGCUGGGUGGAACCAUCAUGACUGCUGCGAGGGGUAACAUGGACAUGAUCGUUGCUGGUCGUGCGAUUGCAGGUCUCGGAAUCGGGGCGUCUUCGCUGACCGUACCCGUCUAUAUUGCUGAGACAGCGCCUCCGUCCAUUCGAGGGCGUCUGGUCGGCAUCUUUGAGAUAGCUUCUCAAGGAGGUGGUAUGCUUGGCUUUUGGAUAAAUUACGGAACAGAUCAGACCAUAGACAAGAGCAAGCAGGCGCAGUGGAUCAUACCCCUUGCACUCCAGCUCGUCCCAGGAGUCGCGCUCUUUCUAGGCAUGAUCUGGUGCCCCGAGAGCCCGCGUUGGCUUGCACGUGGUGACAACUUCGAAGGUGCCGAACGAAUUCUUGUGAAGAUUCGGGGCCUGCCAGCAUCGCACGAGUACAUUCAGCGAGAACUUGGUGACAUUCGCCUCCAGGUCGAAGAGCGCAGUACAAAUCAUUUGAGCAAAAGGGCACAGUUCAAGAAGCUCUUUAUGAAGGGCACGCGUAACCGGAUGGGCAUUGGUCUCGCACUCAUGUUCCUCCAGUCAUUCACCGGCGUGAACAUCAUCACAUACUACGCACCUCGCAUCUUUGAAACACUAGGCGUCCCAAGCACUUCCCUCAAACUCUUCUCCACUGGCUUCUACGGCAUUGCAAAGACACUCGGGAUGAUAACCUUUACUGUGAUUGUUGUGGAAAAGAUAGGGCGACGCAAGGGACUCAUCUGGGGUGCAGCGUUAGGCUGCAUUCCAAUGUGGUACAUUGGCGGCUAUGUCAUGCGAGCGGAUCCCGCUGCUGCUGCCGCUCGAGGCGAGGUCAGCAGAGAUGGUUGGGGCUAUCUCGCUAUGGUCUGUGUCUACAUUAACGCUUUCAUCAUAUGCGCGACAUGGCAAGGUAUCACGUGGACGUAUGCCUCGGAGAUCUUCCCGCUCGAUAUCAGGAUGCUCUGCGUCGCGCUGACCACUGCGGACACGUGGUUGGGCUCGUUCAUCAUCGCGAGGAGUACGCCCUACAUGAUCUCGGAUCUGGGGUAUGGGGCUUACUUCUUCUUUUCAAGUAUCCUAGUGGCAAUGGGUGUAUGGUCUUUCUUCUUUGUGCCAGAAACGAAAGGCCUCACUUUGGAGGAGAUGGAUGAUUUGUUCAUGAGGCCCGCGCACAAGGCCGUCUGGGCACAGCUUCGGAGGCGACCACUGCCGGAACAUGGGAGCGGUAAAGCCUUUGAAGAACCCGAUACGGAAAAGGUAGACGACAUGGAGCAGGAGAAGAUUGAGUCCAUUCAGACGAAAGGAGUGUGAGACACGAGUCUUUGGAUUCAUUGAAGGAUAUUCUACUUCGAGAUCGCGGCACAACACUGCUAUUGUAUAGUAGCUUUCCCCCUUAUUCACUGUAUGAAUGCUCCCAGCUCGGAGCUAGACGCCUCCAAAAAAGUGUCCCUUCGGUCUUAGCUGUGU